AUGUUCCGAGUGCUGGCCAAGGCCAGAGCAGCCCUGGGGCCCUGACAGGUUGGUUGGGUGCAGACCAUGGCCUCCCACCGGCUGCUUGUGCCUCCCCCCGAGGCCCUGCGCAGGCCCCUCUCCAUCCCUGACCGGCUCCUGCUGACCCCAGGCCCCUCUAACCUGGCCCCUCGAGUGCUAGAGGCCGGGGGACUGCAGGCGAUCGGGCACAUGACUAAGGAGAUGUACCAGGUCAUGGAUGAGAUCAAGCAGGGCAUCCAGUAUGUGUUCCAGACCCACAACCCCAUCACACUGGCUGUCAGCGGCUCGGGAAACUGUGCCCUGGAGGUGGCCCUGUUCAAUCUCCUGGAGCCUGGGGACUCCUUCCUGGUGGGCACCAACGGCAUGUGGGGGCAGCAGGCUCUGGAGAUCGGGGAGCGCAUAGGAGCCCGUGUGCAUCCCAUGAUCAAGGAGCCCGGAGGCCACUACACCCUGCAGGAGGUGGAAGAGGGCCUGGCCCGGCACAAGCCAGUGCUGCUGUUCCUGACCCACAGCGAGUCGUCCACGGGUGUGAUGCAGCCCCUGGACGGCUAUGGGCAGCUCUGCCACAGGCACCAGUGCCUGUUCCUGGUGGAUUCUGUCGCCUCCCUGGGCGGGGUCCCCAUCUACAUGGACCAGCAAGGCAUUGACGUCUUGUACUCGGGCUCCCAGAAGGUCCUGAACUGCCCCCCAGGGACCUCCCUCAUCUCCUUCAGCAACAAGGCCAAGCAGAAGGUUGACGCUCGGAGGACGAAGCCCUUCUCCGUCUUCAUGGACCUCAAGUGUCUGGCCAACUUCUGGGGCUGUGACGACAAGCCCAGGGCGUACCAUCACACCACGUCCGUCAUCGGCUUGUACAGCCUGAGGGAGAGCCUGGCACUCAUGGUGGAGCAGGGCCUGGAGAGCAGCUGGCAGCGGCACCGUGAAGCCUCCGCAUACCUGCACGGGCGCCUGCAGGAGCUGGGCCUGCAGCUCUUUGUGAGGGACCCGGCCAUCCGGCUGCCCACGGUCACUGCUGUGGCGGUGCCCGCUGGCUAUGACUGGAGAGACAUCGUGAGCUAUGUUCAAGACCACUUCAACAUUGAGAUCUCGGGCGGCCUCGGGCCCUCCAUGGGGAAGGUGCUGCGGAUCGGCCUGCUGGGCUGCAACGCCACCCGGAAGAGCGUGGAUCUGGUGAUCGAGGCCCUGAAGGAGGCUCUUCGGCACUGCCCUCGGAACAAGCUGUGAUGCCCGCACAAAGCCCCUAGCACCUGGGGGGGCUGGGCUGAGGCAGGAGCCCACAUACCACGCAAGUCACCAGGCCUGGGGACAGGACAGCUGCUGGCCCAGCCAGGCAGACAGUGGCCAGGAAGAGGGAGAUGGGAC